AUGUCUAUUCCAGACCACUCGUCUCAUGAGAUCGACCCAAAUGGCGAUCUCACCAUCAAAGUCCUCGAGUAUGAUCUCACAAUCUGUGAUGACAAUGGCAAGCACCCCGUCCUUAAGACUGCUUCCUUCAAGGUUUCCCGCCAGACCGUGAUCGACAAAAGCAAGUCCAACCCAUUGAAAGUCAUGUUGAGCGGUGGUUUUCUCGAAGCACGCAGCAAAGAGAUCAUAUUCAAGGAGGACACCAUCGCUAGCGUUGAUCUCUGGCUUCGCUGUUUCCACCAAGCCUUCGAUGAUGCCUGCUAUUCGAUUCCCAUCAAGGAGGUCUGGCAUGCUUUGGUUUUCGCCAAGAAAUACCUGAUUGAUCCCCUGGAGCUGAAGGAAUGGUUCGACAAAUACUGGAAGGGUGUUGAUGAGAAGCAGUUCAAGUUAAAUGACAUGCGUCAACACCUCUAUCCAGCUUAUAUGUUCGACUCACCAAUUGCAUUCGCUUGGCUUACGAAGAAUCUGGCCUACAAGAGUGCGGACCACGUCACUGAGAUCAAUCCAACUGAGCAUCGUUAUCUUCACCUAGAUGGCAAUGUUGUAGGUUCAAUCAAUGGUGCUCGAGGAACCUUGCGUGGCAAGCUCAUCCGAGGCUUGUUCGACCCCGUCAGCUCGUUCCUCAAUGCAAAGUGUGAUUGUAAGGAGAAGGCUCUCUUCGCUUACAACAUGGGCAUCGGCAAGACAGGAAUAUGGCCUCUUCAUGAACACCACAAGAAGUCUAUUCAGGAGAUUCUGGACAGUAAAGGCUUUGUCAAGUUUGAGUGCGAGGUCGCAACCGACGCCUGCGUAUUUUGCCAGGCCCAUUGCAAUCCAGCAGUUGUCCAUUCACUUCGUCAUAGAAUCAGUGAUCACUUCGAGGGCCUGUGCCUCGAUUGCAUGAAGAGAACUAAGGGUGGAAGCGUGGAUGAUGAUUACUGGGAGCAUGACAAGGAUAAGGAGUGGAGUCGCAAUUGCAGUAUUGCGCAUGGUCAGCCAACUUGGUACUUCUCAUUCAUGUGA